AUGUCCAUAGUACUCAAUUGUGUAUUGGUUUCGAAACAGUGGUUCAAGGUCAUAUCGGAAAGAUCAAAACUUUCACUAUCCAUUAAAAGUUACCAGAAAAUACAAGGCCAAUUAUUGGAACGUGUUACAACUCUACAAGUAGAGCAAAGUGAUCCUCUUUUUGAUUGUAAAAAACUUGGUUUGCUGAAACAAUUAACUCAAUUGGAUAUUGAUGGAAAUAAUAUCGAUGAGGAGGGAGCUAAAUACAUAAGUGAAAUGCAGUAUUUGGCUAUUCUCAAUAUGUUGGGUAAUAAUAUUGGAAAUGAAGGAGUAAAAUAUAUUAGUGGAAUGAAACAAUUGACUCAUCUUAAUGUUAGUGAAAAUAAUAUUGGAUUGGAUGGGGUAAAGUACAUUGUUGAAAUGAAGCAAUUGACCCAUCUUAAUAUUGGGCAAAAUAGUAUUGGAGAUGAGGGAGCCAAACUCAUAGGAGAAAUGACACAAUUGUUAGAUCUUUGUAUCUUUUAUUGUGGUAUUAGCUCAGAAGGUAUCAAACACAUUUCCAAACUGGAUAAAUUGACUGAUCUUAAUAUCAGUAGUAAUAUGCUAUAUGAUGAUAGUACCAAAUAUAUUAGUGGUAUGAAUCAAUUAACCUAUCUACGAAUUCAUGACAAUAAUAUAGGAGAUGAGGGGGCCAAAUUCUUAGGAAAAAUGAAACAAUUGACUGGUAUUAACAUUUGGAGGAAUGAAUUAACAGCAGAAGGAGUCAAAUUCUUAACUGGCCUUGAUAAACUAACUGAAAUCGAUAUCAGUAGCAAUAAUAUUGGUGACAAUGGAGCAAAAUACAUUUCUGAGAUGAAACAAUUAACUAAUCUUGAUGUUAGUGACAAUAAUAUUGGAGAGGAAGGAGCCAAAUACAUUGGUAAUAUGAAACAAUUAACAAUUCUCACUUUAUGGAAAAAUAAUAUUAGGGGAGAGGGAGCCAAAUAUAUAUCCAAACUCGAGAAAUUAACUGAGCUCGAUAUAAGUGAAAAUCACAUUGAUGAGAAAGGAGCCAAAUACAUAAGUGAAAUGUCACAAUUAAACGCACUUGAUAUUAGUGUUAAUAUUAUUGGCAACCAAGGAGCCAAAUAUAUCAAAGAAAUGAAACAAUUAACGGAUCUUCUAAUUUGGGAUAAUAAUAUUAUUGAACAAGAGGAGCAUCCAAAGGAAAUCAAAGAAGUAUCCACUACUCCAUUAGCCGAAACUAAUACCAAGUUGUCAACACCUUCUCUUGAUAAUACAAAAGGAUUGAGAAAAUUAAUUGGAUUAGCUUUCAUCUUGCUGUCAUUCACCACACUCCUAUAUAUCUCAAUUAAAUAG